GGAGCGCGCCGGCCGCCAGUGCCGCUCCGACAGUGCACCUGCUCGCACCGGGUGAGGCGCGUCCCGUCCGCACCAGGAAGGAGCGUCGGCGCGUCUGUGUCCCCGCCGCCGGCCGGCUCACCACUCAGAUAGACGUCUGGUUUCAGCAGCCGCUCCAGCGCAGUGUGCAGGGCAGAAGGCCAGCCAUGGCGCGGCAGCCGACGGCGAGAGCCGUGAUCGGCGCACUGCUCCUCGUCUUGGCGCUACAAACAGACCGAGGCCAUGGGCAGCUGGCGUCUCAGAGUGCAGCAGAAGCGGAACAAUUAUCACAGUUGUCGGAAGCUGAUAGUGAUUCAGAACUCGGCCUUGCUGCCGCGGCGCAGGACCUGCCAGCACCGCCGGUGCCGCUCUCUGAUCCGGACGAUGGCCAGGGUACCUCUCAGCUGAACGUGGACCAGUCUCGGGUGCACACCCUGUACACCACCUUCACGUUCAUCGAUCGGUUUGUCAAGGACGCCCGGCCGGUGGCCAUCACCACGCGGGAGACCAUCUCGCGAGUGACGUCGCUGGCACCCGGUCAGACGCCUCCCUCGGGCACCACGCGCCGCACUGAGACCUUCCAGACCACCUACACCUACUACAAGACGGAGUCGGCGGCGUCGGCGGGCGGCCGGCCGCGCGUCACCUCCACGGAGGAGGUCACCACUCAGGUGGUGGUAACCGAGGCGGCCCGUCUGCCUGCCGUGGUGCCCCGCCCGGCCGCCGUCCGACCCGUGGUACUGACCACCAUGGCCCCGCAGCGGCCCACAGGCGCCGCCGUCCUCACCCCCAUCGUGGAGCCCAGUCAGGUCACCGAAGACGAGGAGGCGCUCAACUCUGUAGUGAUGGCGGCGACGCGCACCUUCUACACUACGAGCACGUUCUACACGACCCUGGUGGAGGGCGGCAGCACCGUGGUCCGCUCGCGCACCGAGGUGACGUCGCGCAUGCAGACGGAGUUGAGCACCACCUGGCUGCAGGUGGCGACCACUGCGCUGAGUCCACUGGUCAGCCAGACCGUGACCUGGCUGGGCCAGCCCGGCUACCAGCAGGACCUGGAGGAUGAGGGGGAGCAAGAGCAGCAGCUGGUAUUCCUGACCCCUGUCAGACAGACAGCUGCAUCCACCGUGGAGUCUGCUGGCGGUGAUAGUGUUCAGGAUUCUGUUCAGGACCUGGCCGAACAGAGUCUGACCUCAGCGGCUGCAACUGGAGUUGUGACUGAGGAGGACAAGAACGCGGUACUCCUGGCCGUUCAGGCACUGGUGGCUGAGGCGGACAAGGAAAGCACUGGCUCUGACCAGCCGGCCUCGGCGCCCGCUGUCCUGAUCCCGGAUACAGUCGUCAGUUCUCCCGGGUCACUGCAAAACGAGCAGUUCACUGCGGACUCACAAGCUGCUGAACUCUCACAGACUGAGCAAGAAACAUCAGAUAAGACACCGGCUCCUGAAACAGAGCAGAUCCCUGAGGCAUCUAAGGUGUCAUCCGUGCCUAAACCACUCGCGACAAAAGUGAAGUCCACCAACAAGCCAGUGAAGCUCCAGGUACAGCCUCCUAAGAAGCCAACUAAACAGCAGACACCUUCAACGAGCAAGCCCAGCAAACCACAAACGACAUCACCAACUAAACCAACGAAGCCACAAACUCCAGCUCCAGCCAAACCAACGAAACCUGAAGCAGCGUCUCCUGGCAAACCAGUUAAAGCUCAGACUACAAGCAAGCCAGCGAAGCCCCAGGCACCGAAACCAAGUCAGUUCCUCGUUGCUCCUGCACCAGUUGCCGCGCCAAGUCCCGCAACUACCACCGUCCAGACCAGUGUCCAGACCAGCACCUCAACGUCAGUCUCCGAGAGCAGCGCUCUGUCGCCGGGUCUGGGUGGCCUGGCCGGUGGUCUACUUGGGCUGGGAGGUCUCGCUGCAGGACUCAUCCGCAACGUCAUUCCUCUGUCGCUGCCCUUGCGCCGUGACGGAAGUUCGGGAGCGCCGGCCGGUGGACUGCCCUUCCAGAUACCUCGUCCCGGUGGUAGGCCGGGAGCUCGACCUGGAGCUAGACCUUUCCAGCCAGGUUUCAGGCCAUCUGGUGGGAACCGUCGCCACCAAACGUCUGCAGAUAGGAAUGACAAUGGGUACCUCGUCGUCAUUGGUCCCGGCGGACAGAGGAUUCCUCUGAACAGGGCACAGGAGAAUACCCACACUCCACCAACUCGCCGCACCGGCUUCCUCGCCCCGACUCCUCAGGUCCAGCCCCAUUCGCAACGACGUCCUGGAGCGCCUGUCAGACGGGGAGACCAUCUCCGUCGGCCACAGCCUGGGGCGCGUCCUCUGACGCACAUUCCUCCCCGUAUAGACGGGCCGCGCCGUCCCGUGAGACCGGGCAGACCCGGCCGUCCUCUGGCCCAUCCUCUUGGCCGUCCGGUGGGACCGAACCACCUUCACCGCCCCGGCAGGCCGGUCAGCCGGCGACCGAGGCCCCACCCCACCGGCUACAUUGCCGUCCGUCCUGGAGACCCCACUCCGCCCUCUGACUUCAAACGAGAGCCAGCCCAGCACCAGCAGCCGACUCACAGAGUGCCGACGCAGCACAAGCAGCACGCCCGUCCCCCACCAGGCGGUGACCGUCACCCGCAGCCAGCACCUACCGUUCACGUGGCGCCGACACAGCCCCACCACGGUGGCGUCAGGCCACCCCCUCACCACGCUGGAUCUGGAUUGAAUCAUCCCCCACAACACGGGUCUUCAGUAGGAGAGCCGCAUCAGCAGUAUGGACCCAACGUCAGACCUCCACCGCACAGCCAGCAAGGGAACGCAAGGCCCCAUUCUUCACAUACGGGAAGUGUGAGACCGCCACCAGUCAACCAGCCUGUGACUCAUGGUAGACCUUCACACUCUGAAGGACAACUAAGACCUCAGCCUCCGCACCAGCCUGGGACUCUGAGGCCCCCGCUGCCGCCCAAUGCCCAACGCCAGGCUAUCAGUGGACACCAGAUUUCUCUCCAGGACCGCCCGUACCCCACCCGACCUGUCAGUCACCAGGUUCCUCCGACUGGAGCGCCGAUUCCUGGCCUUACCACACCGUCCGCGCACUCUGAGACACUGUACAGAGAACAUCUGGCGCAGGCACCGCAGCUCCAGGCUGACGCACUUGUGUUCAAGUCGGACGUCAAGGGAACUCUGCAUCCCGUUCCUGGCGAUACCGCAGUUACGGCACACCUUCCGUCGUACUUCGAACUGAACAGCGUUGAUCAGGAGGGCCCAAGUGAUGACCAGAAGUCAUCGGCUAGUGUUUUCACGAACAUUGGUCCAGAUGGCAACGUCCAAAGGGAUCCUGAAGAUAUUGUUCGCAUCAUAACUGCACCUGCCAAUGGCCAGCAGCAGGAGACGCCAUUGACACGGGUGACGCCCGUCCUGGUACCGACUCUUCAUACCAUCGCCUCAGUCGAGGGUCCCAACCGUAUCGUAGGAACCAACGUAUUCAAACAGGUCGGCCCACUUCAAACCCUAAAUGCACUGGAUUUGGAAGCCGAUAGCGGCCCAUCUGCAGUUGGACCCAGUCAAGUGGCACCAACUCAGGCUACGCGAACAGCUGGCGUUGUAUCAACGUCGGCUUUUGGUUCGGAGCAGUCGCUGACAUCAGGUCCAGUUACCAGCGCAGACACUGACCGAAUCCCCGAAAGAACAGUGACACCUGGGCUAAGUAGCCCGAUUGCUAAUGCAAGGCCUACACAGAGCUUUGAAGCAAAAAGUCAGGCACCUGUGGAAGUUGUGCCUCAGGAACUGCAGACACCACAAGACAUUGCUUCAGUAACCAAUAACGGGGGAGCAUACCAACCGUUCCCUGAUAAUGGUUAUGAGUCCAACUCUGAUAUUAAAGUAGCCCGGCCGGAGUCGCAGGGAAGUUCACCGGAUCUGUUUGGCCAGAGACUGCCGAGCUCUGAAUAUAAAACUUCAGGGACCUCGGGUCUUUCUGGCUCUUCUUCCUCUGGCAUUUCUGGAAGCUCGUCGGUGAGAGAAGAGCCAUUCUAUCCCGAUGAUACGGAAGACCAAUUCGGGAGUUCGACAAACAAAGACAACAUCGGCAACGAUCGCGAGUCAGACUACAAUGCACUGACCCCGUCGAAUGCUCCUGGUGCGCCAAGUCUUCCUGGCUUAGCCGGCAUUAAUUUCGAGGGCUUACCUGUAACAGAAUCGCCUCUCGUGGACACUCAGCUUCCCAACGACCCUAACCAGUUUAACGAUUACGGACAGGGGGAUGAGGCUGAAUAUGACGAUAGCGGAAAACCCAGCCCAACUAUUGGAUACGACUACUCAGUGCCACAAUAUGAUCCGUCCUCGGGCACAACGAUAAGUGAACAGUACCCUGAUGGAAACGGCGAAAGCGUUAGGCGACCAAGCCAGAACACAUUGGAUCAAACUUAUGAAAAUGAUGAAACAACACCAGACUUGUCGCUUCAAUCGCAGAGGCCCUCAACUCCUGACGCCUCAGAACCUGGAGCGAAUGGUGGCAUUGAUUCACUCAUCGGUGAACCUACCCGUGACCCUACAUCAGCAACUGCAGAUGAACAAGGUCAAGGAGACAAUGACUUCACAUGGCAGGGUGAGUAUGGAGUAGACCAAGCUUCGAAUGGACAAGCUGGAACAACUGCAGGCUCGACAUCAGCAACAGCAGCACCAGGAGAUUUCGAUGAGUCUGCUUGGGGCCAGAGAACACCGGGUUCUAGUGAAGGAGAAGAACUGCAGGGACAAGAUACUGACACUUACACUCCCUCCGAAGAGACGAGCUUGCCUGCGUGGAGCCGAAAACCAACCGACAGCAAUGGUAAUAAUGCUGACUGGACAAACCGGCAGCGAGAGCAGCUUGAAGUUUCUGAAGCAGAUGACGAGAAAACUGCCGAUGGGGGCUUGGUGUGGCAAGGGUGGAAUGAAAGACCAUCGGAAAACAGCGAAAACCAGAAGGGUGUCAGAAUUGUUCCUAGGCCUUCUACGGAUGGGCAGUCUCUUGAUGGAGGAAGCUCCCUGCGUGUCAACGGUGAAGAGGGCGCCGAGGAUUUUACUUCGGGAGCAGCCCAAUCGCAAAAUGAAGGUGCAUUCGAGCAGGGUGACCAAAACAAUGAUGAGUAUCAACCAUCUUCGGGCUUUGAGUAUGAAUCGACAGGUAUUCCACCGAAUGUUGUUCCAACACAAAGUUCGGGCACUCCUGAUGCAGAAAUAGGUGACUUUGCGCUGGAGAACGACUCGACUGAAGAAUUAAACUCCAUUUCCGCAGACGAUACUACUUCAGAAUCAAUAGAUGAGCAUGACCAUGAGACAAUAAACUCGGGACAAACUGAGAAACCAUUCCGUGGAAUCGUGAGACCAUCAGUAUCCAGAAGACCUUUCAGAGGAACUGCUCGACCAUCAAUUACUAGAAGGCCUUUCCGAGGAACUUCGAGACCAUCGGUUACCAGAAGGCCUUUCAGGGGAUCUAGAAGGCCGGCUGUAACUAGAAGACCAGCUGUGACUAGAAGGCCAACUGCAAAUAGAAGACCAGCCGCAACUAGAAAACCGUUUACGGGAAUAAAAAGGCCAGCCUGGGCCGAGUUCCAUGAAAGCAGUGACCAAAGUGAACCCACAACUGGUUCAGAUCUUUUGGAAUCUGAAAAUAGCGAAGCUGUAGGAGAUGCUCAGGGUAAUGGAGCAACUUUCAAUACUGACCAGGAACAAACUGUGAAUGAAUCUGCCGACAAAGGAGCGAUUGAUUCUGAUAUAAAAUCAGAGGCUUCCGCCCCCUCUGAAGACGAGACAAAUGAAACACCAAAAGCAACUCAUCAGGAGCAUGAUCUGGAUCUAGAUCCAUCUAUUAGAGAGGAAUGGGUGCAAACCAGUGAUGAUGGCGGAAGCACUGGAAACAGCCGAAGACCACCGGGAAUCAGCCUUGCCUCCAGCGUGGAACAGGAUUCUGAUGAGUCGGCGUCAGGCAGUCGAACACCGGGUCUGAAUGCUCUCAGUCUGCCCGGCAGGAGGAAGCCCAGUCGGCGUCCCAGUCUCGCCGACAUCAUCCGACAGACCCUCCUUGCCUCUCGCGACGACAGCACUCUCGUCACAGUGGAACUCUCCAGCUCGAGCUCCUUAGUACGCAUUAGUUCCGCGACCAUCUCACCCUCACGGACUCGCAUUCCACCGGGGAUCGCCACCAGUCAGACAGCAGAUCGCCGCCGCGUGCCGCCCGGAAUCGUGCGCCCUGGAGCGGCCGAAGACGAGGAGCGAGGCGCGGGUGGCCUUGCGUGGCCUUCGUUCGGCAGUGAAUACGGCACCGAGAGCCCGGAACCAGCUGAUGGUCAGGGAACGGGCACUGGUGCUGGUGCCUGGGAUAACGGAGCGGAUGGGGAGAUCGGAGACUACGGGUGGUCUUAUGGAGAUGACUACGAAACUGGCACCUCUGGCCCUGGAUUCGGUCAGGAUUAUGAAACCGGUACCUCGUCUCCGGGAUAUUAUCCGGAUUAUUAUGAAACUGGCACGUCAGCCUCCACCGUCGAGGGCAGUGAAGAAGAUGUACCGCCUCAGGUGAUUGGUGAGCAGGAAACUACCACAGAAGAUCAGCCUACACCUGCUGAAGGUCAAAGCCCGGUAUCGGAUGCAUCAGAUGCUGCAGACCAGUCAGAGAGUUCAGUUGCUUCCCUAUUAGAGGACGAACAGGUUGACCAGGCCACCAAGGACGAAGGGGAGCAAACUGCUACUGAUGUUCAGGACUCACAACAACCGGAAGAGGAGGCGUCCGAAGAUGCCCAGACCCCAGAGACGAAGGUUGAUGUGUCGCUGAGUAUCAGCACCUCUGAGACGUCACAGGAGGUAUCGGUGGAGCACUCCGUCUCUGAGGCUGCCGCGCCUCCCCCGUCCGCCGCUGAUGCCGGUGCCAACGAGGAAGACCCGGUGGAAGUCGUUGUCGGAGUAUCGACUGUUGGAGAAGUGGUUGCAGAUGUCACUGAAGUUACCACCACAGAGCAGCCCUCGUCGGUCACAGCCGGCCCAGAGACUACGUUCGAGACUCAGGACGGCACCAAGGGUACCUCUGUCCCGACCGGAGGUAAAGACAGCUCCUCAGUGCCCAGCACCACCUCCACGGUGGCACCUCCGACGGGACGUGGCUCGGUGGCCAUCGCCGGGCUGCUGAUCCCGACCCAGAAGGAGAACGACGCCAACCGCGGCGUGGAGACGCCCGGUCUGGAGCAGCCGCUCCUCUCCGAGGACAAGGAGCAGGAGGACAAGUGUCCUCGCCAGUGCCAGGCGGCCAUCAACGAGGUGUGCCGUAAGAUGGGCGGCGAGCACCGCUGCCUCUGCCGGCCGGGAUUCUCCAGAGCGCGGGACAGUGACGCCUGUGAACCGUCGCUGACAUACCAGGUGCGGAUGCUGCUGGACCGAGUGAACGACAUUCCGCUGCAGUACCGGCGGCCGUUCGCCGAGCCCGCCUCGGCCGAGUACCGGCAGCUGGCCGAGCUGGCCGCCGGCGGACUGCGCGAGAGCCUCUCCUCCAGCGGACCGCUGGCCAGUCGGCUGCACGGCGCCACCCUGAUGGAGUUCAAACGGGCGGCCGACCUGCCCGGAGUGGCCCCCAGCCGACCCCAGGCACUCAUGGCUGAUGUGAUGGUGCAGAUCACCGACAGAGAAAGUAAAUCCCUGGACAAGGACGGCCUGCAGGUGAUUGUGGAGGAGUCACUGCGCCGCUCCAACUACUCGCUCAGUGACCGGCAGGUGGUCGUCUCGCCGCUGCACGGGGAUGUGACUGUCAUCGACUUUGACGAGUGCCAGAACCCGGACUACAACGACUGUCACGAGGGCGCCUUCUGCUUCAACCUGGUCGGCUCGUUCACGUGCAGCUGCAGGGACGGUCUGGUGGAUACCGGGGUACCGAGUCUGCCCGGACGCUCCUGUACCGGCGAGUACUCGGGCUGUCCCGAGUGCAGCUACAGCGGCGAGUGUUACACAGAGCCCAGCGGUGAGCCGGCGUGCCGCUGCCACCGCUGGUACGCCGGCCAGCGGUGCCAGGUGAACCUGCGCGUGCUGCUGAUCGCGCUGGCCAGCGCCGGCGCCCUGCUGGCCGCUCUCCUCUGCGUGUGCUGCUACUUCUGCUGCCGUCGCCGCGGCCGGCGCAUGGCCGCUCCGCCACUCGUAUUCUCCGGACCUGGCGGUCUGUGGCGCCACCGCGGCAGUCGGCUCCACCAGCCGGUGGCAGACCAGCGGGCUAUGUUGGACAGUAGCAGCGACACCAGCAUACCCGUCUCCUCCCGAAGGCGUCCCCCGAACGGCGGUAAGCGCCUGCUGCCGCCGCUGUCUGGUGGCUCGAAGCCCUCCGGUCCCGGCAGUCGCAGCUCGCAGCAGCCUUCAGCGGGCGAGGCCCAGAGACCGGCCCGGUUCCUGCCUCGGCCCCGGCACAAGACGGACGCGCCUUCCGGUCCGCGGUCCAUCAACUCGCAGGGCGGCGGCGACCCGGCGGUGGCACCCAACAGGACACAGCCGCAGCUGAUGGGCCUGCUCCACCCGUCGGAGGCGGCGCGGGGCCGCUCUGCCGGCGGUACGUUCCGCGCCGGCCGCACCAGCCGCAGCUCGGGCCGCGCCGAGCCCGACUCUCAGGUCAGCCACACGCCGGCCGGCCGGAGCCGCAGCUCCAGCGGCGGCCGCCGUCCGGAGCCGGAGGUGUCGCAGCUGCCCAGCGGCCGGAGCCGGAGCCGCAGCUCCGACUCGGUCAGCGGCGAGCCCGAGAGGAUCGAGUGCGGCACGCACAACUUCUUCAGGGCCAGGACCAUGUCGGACGCGCUCUCCUUUAACGAGGAGCUGAUUGAGCCCAGCGUCCGGCCGGUGGCCCGCUUCGACACCACCCGCAGUCAGCGCAGCUCACACGCGCCCAGCUCGCAUGGCUACACUUACGAGCACCACACCAUGGCAGAGCGCGACGCGGCAUCGACAUAUGUGAUGCCGGAGACCCAUCUGUUCAGGAGGGCUCAGGACUCGGACGCCCAGUCGGAGACCAGUCUGGUGGAGGACUUCCCUCGAAUGGACGGUUCGUCAACCGUCAGCAGUCGCCGCGGCUUCCGCUAGCAGGCGCCGCUCAGAUAGAACAGAGCACCGGCCGAUGUGGGGGAGAGACCUCCCGAAGACGCCGGUUAUAUAGAGUGGCUGCCACAAGGCGGAGUGGUGUCGCGGGAUUCGUACAUCAGAGACGGGACACUGGAGAUUAUGUUUCUGUACGAUUCGUGGUUAGUAUGAUCGUCGCAGAGGCGUGGGUGUCACGAGAGUGAUGAAGCUCUCCCAAGAGAUGAGAUGCUGGUUUUGCACAGACAUAACCAGCGUUAUUGUUCCUCAUUGAUCGGACAGGUGAACUACAUAUUCAACUGCUAGCAGGCGUUUACUGUACCCGCCUGACGUUGCUGCACUAAUCAUUCUAAAAAUGCACCAAGGCCGUCUUUGCUAGGGACUUUUAUCGAGGUAUCUUCCAUUUCUCAGAAAAAGCUGUGCGUUCGCAUACGUUUAGACCCAUUACAUGUCAUAUAAAUGCAUUAGUUCCUCUUGUAGAGAAUAUCGAAAAAAAAUUAAUUAGACCCAUUCUGAACAAGUGCUCAAUGAGUGGCCUCAUGAGAGGUCAGGUGUGACCAUGGAAUCAUCUUUGCAAGGAUGUGAUAUUUAUUUAGCGAGAGUGGAGUGAAUGGUUGUUAGUUUGUUGUUGCGGUAGAGAGCUGUAAGAACUGUUUCGUUACGUUGUUACGAGAAUGUCUACCAGAAUGCAUCGGUAAACGUUAAUUGUUACGAUGCAGAGUUGUUUUAUGCUGGAUCGUUCAUCGAUGUGUGCAUGGAUGUGCUUUUGCAAAUGAUAUUUAUUAGAAGUUUUUAUUGUCUGACUACUACAAGAAAGAAUUGUUCGCAGAAGGCUGGCAGGGUGAAUGCUUGUUAAGUUACAUGUGGCAUUUACGUGAUGCGGCUGAGAGAACGAUAUAUGUAAGUGGUGACUAAUACACGUUCUUAAGUACGAACCAG